UGUUUAGAGAAUGGUAUAUGUAUAUAUGUAUGUACCUAUAAAUCGAAGGGCUUUUGGCUAAUACAUGUGCACGAUAUGGAUAGGCCUUAUUCGAUGUUCCCGAAAUCAUGCUGUGACAGCUGAUCUUGUCGUCCUUAGUAACCUGUUGUAAUUAUGAUGUCCUUCUAUGCAAAAACAAUGGCAGAAAUUAUGCUUUUUCUAUUAGCCCUAGCGUGCGGACUAGUUCAAGGAGAAUGGAGCGCUCCAGAUAGCAUACCGAUACCUUGUGGGAAAAGCACUUGUGACAUUUGGACAGAAUACUGCCAUUUCAAGACGUGUAUGAAAUGUAACACCGACGUUUGCAGCAUGUCAUUGAGUCCGGGAGGCAGACCAGUGCAGUGCUACUUUUAUUGUAUGGACGUUAAGAAGAUGAUGCAGUUGAAAGUUCUUGAAGAAACCACAUCGCCUGCGCUACAAACUUCAACUGACACCUUUACUAAAGCACCAGGAGAGGAAAAAGGCAUGACCAGACCGGUGUUCGAACCCGGGACCCUCCGAACUCUAGAAAGACGCUCUAACAAUUGA